GGGUGUGUGUGCGCGCUUGCGUGCGUGUAAGCACGGCCUUGGUUAUGGGUGUUGCUGAUCCACCUAGAGUAGCUGGUGACAGUGUUUUCACAGCCCAAGUGUUGUAUGCUCGCUGACGACGGAUGACAGUCCGUGACAUGAGGAGGUCAGAUUCUCAGCUGGUCGUCAUAUGAGGCUUCUCGACAGCGGGGUUUGCAAAUCUAGUGGAGCUUUCGCAUCGUGGUCUGAACUUAGGGUUUCGAAUAACGAGAAAUUGAAAAAAAAAAAAUGUCGAAGCGAAGGUUUGGAUUUGAGGGUUUCGGAAUAAACAAAAAGACGAACUACGACUUCGAGGCGCAACCUGCCAAGCCGCGUCUGUAUUUGCCUUCUCCGCGGAACAGGCGAUCUGAGUAUGUUGAGGAUCAUGAUUUGGAUAAUAUUGGCUCAGAGGACGAUGGGCGCGAAUCCGAGAAUUUUAGGAACAGGGUUCAAUCCAAGGACUCGAGAAGCAGUCAAGGUGUGAGUGGAUCGUUGAGCAAGGAGAAGGGAAAGAAGGAUGAGUCAUGGUUUGGGAGCGGCUAUGAUGACGAUGAUGAGGACGAAAAUAAUAAUGCGGGGAGUGGCGCAGUGCCUGACAACGACGAUGAAGUCGAUCCACUUGAUGCAUUUAUGGAAGGCAUUCACGAGGAGGUAAAGAAAGCACCCGUGAAGCCCAGACCUAUAGUUGAAGAACUGGAGGACGAUGAGGAUGAUCCAAUGGAGAGUUUUCUCAAGGCUCGACGGGAUGCAGGACUUUCAUUGGCUGCUGAAGCCUUGCAUGCUGGUUAUGAUACUGAUGAGGAAGUUUAUGCUGCUGCGAAGGCAGUCGAUAAUGGACAGAUUGAGUACGACUCUGAUGACAAUGCGAUUGUGACUUUGGAGAAAAAGAAAAUUGAAGCUCUUGCUCCUCUAGACCACAAUGACGUUGAUUAUGAAAAGUUUUCUAAGGAUUUCUAUGAAGAGUCAGAUUCAAUUUCAGGUAUGACUGAAGAGGAAGUUGCUGCCUAUCGCAAUUCACUAGCUAUCAGAGUAUCAGGAUUUGACGUUUCUAGACCUGUCAAGACGUUUGAAGACCUAGGCUUCGACGCCUCCCUGAUGGGUGCAAUAUCAAAACAGGGUUACGAAAGACCUACUCCAAUCCAAUGUCAGUCUUGUCCAAUAGUUUUGUCGGGUCGAGAUUUGAUAGGAAUUGCUAAGACAGGAUCAGGAAAGACAGCAGCCUUUGUUCUGCCUAUGAUGGUACAUAUUAUGGAUCAACCAGAGCUUGGCAAGGGCGAAGGUCCAAUUGGUGUUAUUUGUGCACCAACACGUGAGCUUGCACAACAAAUCUACUCGGAGGCUAAGAAAUUCGCCAAGGUACAUGGUAUCAGAAUUUCCGGAGUCUAUGGUGGGAUGUCAAAGUUUGAGCAAUUUAAAGAACUGAAGGCUGGAUGCGAGGUCGUGGUUGCUACUCCUGGACGCUUGAUAGACAUGAUUAAGAUGAAAGCGUUGUCAAUGCAUCGGGCAACAUAUCUCGUUCUCGAUGAGGCCGAUCGCAUGUUCGAUUUAGGUUUUGAACCUCAGAUUCGAUCUAUUGUCGGUCAGAUCAGACCUGACCGCCAGACGUUACUAUUUUCUGCUACAAUGCCGAAGCGAGUGGAGCGUCUUGCUCGUGAGAUUUUGACAGAUCCAAUCAGGGUCACUGUUGGUGAAAUUGGUAGUGCAAAUGAAGAUAUCACUCAGGUCGUCACUGUUCUGCCUUCCGACGCCGAGAAAACUCCUUGGUUGCUCGACAGGCUGCAACCCUUUGUAGAUGAUGGAGAUGUUUUGGUAUUUGCGUCCACUAAGUUAAGAGUGGAAGAGCUAGAGGGAAAGAUUUCAGAGGCAGGAUUUAAAGUCGCUGCUCUUCAUGGAGACAAGGAUCAAGCUACAAGAAUGGAAGUCUUGCAGAAAUUUAAAAAUGGGAUUUAUCAUAUUCUUGUAGCAACUGACGUAGCGGCCCGCGGCUUAGACAUUAAGUCCAUCAAAACGGUUGUGAACGUUGAUAUUGCUAGAGAUAUGGACAGUCAUGUGCAUCGGAUUGGACGCACAGGAAGAGCUGGUGACAAAGAUGGGGUGGCUCAUACACUUGUGACAGGAAAAGAAGCCCGGUUUGCUGGUGAGCUUGUGAAUAGUCUCAUAGCUGCAGGACAAAAUGUUCCCACGGAGCUGAUGGACCUUGCUAUGAAGGAUGGUCGUUACCGUGCUCAACGAGAAGGACGGCGUAAGGGUGGGGGAGGAGGCGGUGGUGGUGGUGGUGGUGGUGGUGGUGGAGGUGGACGAGGUGGAGGUCGGAAUGUUCGAGGUGUAGACUUUGGCUUAGGAAUUGGUUAUAGUGCUGAUGCUGCAAAUGCAGCGCCUAGUGUACCUCAAGAGAAAACACCCAAAGUUCAGUACAAGAAAGAAGAUAUUCCCUCACGAGGCAGUGCUGUAGAUUCUCUGAGACAAGGGAUGAUGGCUCGAUUUAAGAGUAAUUUCGUUGCAGCUAAUACACCCAACUCUGUAGGCUACACCCCACCUCAAGCCAACACUCCACAAGGGCGUGUUUACGGUGCCCCACCAAGUGUCAACGGGAAGGGUCGCGGAAACUUUGUAUCUGCUGGUAUUGGUUUUGGGACUCAAUCUGGGUCCGGCUUCACAUCAGGAAGCUCUUCAGCCCAUACAUUAGGAGAUUUCCAAGGCGGGGAAACAGUUGGGAGGCAAGUUUCAAGUUCAGCUGGAUCCACGGGUGGGAUUCCUUCUUCUUCAAACAGUCCUUAUUCUAGGGAAACAUUGAACGCAGGAUCUGCUCCAACUGUUGCUGGUACUGCAGGGGGUGAGAGAGCAGGGAAUAGGGGAGAUGGAGGAAAAGAAAGGGAGAGGUCUAGGUGGGGCAGAGACCGGGAUCAGGCUACAAAUAACGCAGAGAUAUCUCGGGACGUGAGCAACUAUGAAGACCAGAUACCCAGUCAUCAGCCUGAUAGGGAGAAGGCUAGACAAAGACGACGCCCUUCAGGUUGGGAUCGGUAGUGAUAGGUGUUACACUUCGGGAUUGCAGUGCUCUACCUCAAGGUUUUAGCCAGCUUUAGGAUGUUGGACGGCACCUUUGUAGCAUGUAGCAUGGUUAAUUCAUGUCUAGUAGGAUGGCACUACGGCCCUGCAGCGGUUUGCGCCCCUUCGAUCAAGUUCCAGUGACUCAAGAAUCAAAUACGUAAUUCUUGUCCCUCAUAUGUUGACUUGUAACAAGGUUUCCAAGAUCAUGAGCUGUUAACUUCAGAUUUUAGAGAGUAUUGUUGCAGGGGAAGCUUUUAUGGAUAUUUUCGUUGAGUUUUUAUGUUGCGUAAUUAUAUUGCUAUGAUUAUGUGACCAGCAACAGGGGUGGUCCUAAA